AUGGCGCCAGCGGUGGGGCUGAAGCGCUCCGCCACGCAGACCAUCACGCUGCCGCCGCCCGAGACGCGGCUGGCUGUGCGCGAUGUCAUGCGGUCCACGAUCCCGUCGCAGCCCGCCGAGGCGCGAGCGUCCACGGAGAGGCCGGCGCCCGCCGCGGCGCUGCAGGGGUUCCUGUGCCUGGAGGAGGUGGACGGGAGGCGGUGGAGCUACGUGGUAGACGGCGGGGCCGCGAAGGGGCGGGGCGGGGGCGGGGCCGCCGUCCCCGCUGGGGCCUCCGUCAGGGCCGUGCCGCUGCAGUCGCCGCUUCCGCCUGCCGAGGAAAUAAUGGCAUUCAUAAGAUCGUAUGUUGUGCCUGAAGGGUUUCCAGACAGUGUUACUCCUUCAUAUGUACCUUACAUGACUUGGAGGGCUCUGAAGCACUUCUUUGGUGGAGCGAUGGGGGUGUUUACAACAAGAACGUUGCUGAGUUCUGUUGGAGUCUCUCAAAGCAAGGUGACACCAGGUGCUAUUGCUAUCAAUUGGAUCCUCAAGGACGGUGCUGGGCGAGUCGGAAAAAUGCUUUUUGCACGUCAAGGAAAGAAGUUUGACUAUGACUUAAAGCAGUUACGGUACACUAGUGAUCUGUUGCUGGAAAUAGGAGCUGGGAUAGAAUUAACUACUGCUGCAUUCCCUCAGUUUUUCUUGCCUAUGGCUUGCGUAGCCAAUGUUGUAAAGAAUGUCGCUGCUGUUACAUCAACUUCAACUCGCACUCCAAUCUAUAAGGCCUAUGCGAGAGGAGAAAACAUUGGAGAUGUCACUGCUAAAGGCGAAUCUGUUGGGAACAUUGCAGAUCUGCUUGGUACUGGUCUGAGUAUCUUUAUCUCAAAAAGGAAUCCCUCACUGGUGACUUCAUUUGCCUUCCUAUCCUGUGGAUAUCUCCUGAGUUCAUAUCAAGAGGUGAGAUCUGUUGUGCUGAAUACCCUAAACAGGGCGAGGUUUACCGUCGCAGUGGAUUCUUUCAUUAAAACUGGUCACAUUCCCUCCUUGAAGGAAGGAAACUCACAGGAGACGAUAUUUAAUCCACCUUGGCGGCAUGAGCCAGUCGCAAUAGGGUCAAGAUUUGGAGAAGCAUUUCAAGAGCCAGCUUCAUUUCUUGCCAUAAGACCUCUGUUUGAGGAUGAGAGAUACAUGGUAACAUAUAACCCAACAAAGGAUAAAGUAUAUGCUUUGCUCAAGGACCAAGCAAAAUCAGACGAUAUCAUCAAAGCUGCUUUCCAUGCUCAUGUGCUACUGCAUUUUAUUAAUGCAUCACAUGCACGGAGGCUGAAGCAGAAGCAGAAGCAGGCAAACCCUGACCGAUCAGAGCAUCUGUACUCUAGAAACAUGGAUUUCCUGGCGCACAUCGCUGAAUCUUGCAAAAUUGUUUCCUCAUCAUAUGCAACAUUCAAGAAGAAAGCUAGGGAACAGGGUUGGAUAAUGUCAGAAUCUCUGCUCAACCCUGGCAAGGCUCGAUUAUGUGCUGCAAAACCACAAUGA